AUGGAGACAACCCUCACAAAGCGAGAGGUAUUUUCCGAGACUCCCAGCUUUGAAAAAAAAGAGGAAUUCCUUGAGGAGAAGGCAGCUAUCGCAUCUUUUGAGGAGACUCCAAGAAAUACCAACAAUUCAAAUUUUAUUACCUACGAGAACGACGAAGAUGAUCUUGCAAUUGUCAACGAAAUCGCCAGUACUGAAGACGAUCCAACCAUCAGGAUUUUAACUGUUCGUGCCCUAGUAGUUGGUAUUUUACUCGCUUGUCUUGGUUCUUCAGUUAACCAGUUGAUGCAGUUUAAACCAGUUACUGUCAUUCUUUCUGAUGUGUUCCUACUUAUUAUUGCCUAUCUUUUCUGUAUCGGCUCAACUCAUAUAUUCAAAACCGGCACUAUUCUCAAUCCUGGUCCCUUCAACGUCAAAGAACACACAUUUAUUUACUUGAUUUCCUCAACCGCAAACGCAUCUGCCUAUGGUACCAACAUUCUCGGUGCUCAGCAACUUUACUAUACCGAUUACCCCAGUGCAGCCGGUGGUAUUUUUUUGCUGUUUGCUACUCAGCUUAUUGGUUACGGUAUCGCUGGUCAGCUUCGUCCUUUCCUUGUCUAUCCCUCUCAGAUGAUCUGGCCCUCCAGUCUUCCCACCAUCUCUUUCCUCAAAUCCUUCAAUACAUCUGGUAGGGAGAACAAAAUCCUGGUGAAGUUCUUUUUUGUCAUCUUCUUUGGCAUCUUUGUCUGGGAAAUUGUUCCCCAGUACAUGUUUCCUCUCCUCAGUGGUUUCUCGGUUGUCUGUCUUGCAAAGCGUAAUAGUGUUUGGGUCCAACGUAUCUUUGGCGGUGUACAAACCAACGAAGGCCUUGGUAUUGGCUCCAUCAGUCUUGACUGGUCAAACCUGUCAUACUUUGCUCCUUUAGUAUAUCCUCUGUAUGUUCAGGGCAACAUCUACGUUGGUGUCCUUAUUCUAUGGAUACUGGCUCCUCUUGUUUACUACUACGAUGUUUGGUAUGCCAAGAGUUUCCCCUUCUUGUCCAAUGGUUUGUUCAAGUUAGAUCUUGAGACUCGUGAGGCCAUUUCCUACCCUCAGAAACUUGUUCUCGAUGACCAUAACAACAUUAACCACACUGCGCUUGAAGAAAUUGGGCGUCCUAAUUUUGGUGCCAUGUACGCUAUCCAGUAUAUUUUUAUCAACCUUGGUGUGACAGCUAUGAUCUCUCACGUUGCUCUAUUCUAUGGUCCUGAUAUUAAGCGAAUUUCCCUUGCCAUCUUUAAACGCAAGAGUUCCAAAGAAGAAGAUAUUCAUAACCGUCUUAUGUCUGCCUACAAGGAAGUUCCUUCUUGGUGGUACUACGCUAUUUUUGUUUGUGGAAUUGGACUCAACAUUGGAAUCGGUUAUGCUAACAAGAGUCAGCUCCCAUGGUGGGGUUUCUUGCUUGCCAUCCUCUUAUCUACUAUCUUGUCCCUCCCAUUGAAUAUGAUUACCGCUAUUACUGGCAGCGGCUUCGGUCUUAACGUCGUCGCUGAGAUGAUUUGCGGUUUUAUUCUUCCCGGUAACGCGGUUGCUAACAUGUACUUCAAGACUCUCGGGUACAACACUAUGGUCCAGGCUGGCUAUAUGGCACGCGACCUUAAGAUUGGACACUACCUCAAGGUCCCCCCAAGAAUGAAUUUUCUUGGCCAGAUAAUUGGUACUGUCGUUGGUUGCAUCUUCAACUAUAUUGUCAACAACUCAGUUAUUAACUCCAAGAGAGAAGAGCUUUUGGAUCCUAAUGGCAACAUCUGGAGUGGUUCUGGCUUCCAGAGCAUGAACUCUGCUGCUAUUACUUGGGGUGCCAUCGGCCCUAUGUUCAUGUUUGGUCCUGGUACUACUUAUAACUUCUUCUUGUGGGCAUUCAUUGUUGGAUUUGCUCUCCCUGUUCCUUUCUGGAUUCUCCACAAAUUUUAUCCCAAGGUUGGCUUUAAUUAUGUCAAUACACCCAUGAUUCUAGUGGGUCUCUGUACUCUUCCUGGUUCAAGUUCAUCGUGGAUUACCGUGUCAUUUAUCAUCAUUAUUGUCAGUCAGCUGUAUGUCAAGCGUCGUUAUAGCAACUGGUAUGCUAAGCACAAUUACUUGAUGUCUGCUGCUUUGGAUUCUGGAACCUCUCUCAUGUCGUUCAUUCUGGCCAUGAGUGUUUUCGGUGGUGCUGAUGGUAUUGAGAGACCUUUCCCUAGUUGGGCUGGUAACAAUAUGGAUAUCCCUUACUAUGACUACUGUUGUGCUGAUUGCGAGUAA